AAACCGAAUUGUUCAACUACUUCUGCAUACCAAUAUUUCCAGCAAGAGAAAACAAUACAAUUGUUUUGGUAUGAUAUUCGAAACUUUCCUGAUUCGCUGCUUAUAGAAAUUCUCGCUAGAUUACCCGUGAAAUCGAUUUUUAGUUUUAAAAGUGUGUGCAAGCAUUGGCAAACCCUAAUUUCUCACCCUUCCUUCUGCCGAUUCUAUUACUCGGUUCGCAAUUCCAAUGCAGCAUUGUCCUCGCGGCCUUUCAGAAUCUUGCGUAGGUACUCUGGCCUACCGAACUUCAAGGAGUUUGUUAAUCGUCUUGGUACUGAAAUCGACAGUAUGUCCGAAUUCUCUGUUCAUUUUCUUUCUAUCAAUAAAAAACAAUAUGAUCGAUUCAGGGUUUUAGCUAUGAGUAAUGGUUUGAUUCUGUGUUGUUGGCGUUCUCCAACACCGUUUGUUUACUACAUCUGUGAUCCACUCACUCGACAAUGGAUCACUUUACCUAGAUGUAGACUCAACUACCACUAUACCUUCAAGGAAGGGCUUAUUACUAGGGUUAAUAAAGAUCAUAUGCUUACAGGUUAUACAGUUGUUAGGUUCAACCAUUUUGAAUCGGAUUAUCUCAAUUUAGAGAUGUUAACAUCCGAAACAGGCAAAUGGAUCAGCUACAAGCUACCUUCCUCUAUUCCCUUACUGGAAGAUGCCGGUGGCCCAAUCUAUUGUUAUGGGGCUCUCCAUUGGCGAGUUUGUAAUUGUGAGGGGUUUGAUGGCCUGCUUGCGUUUAAUCCUUACAAAGAUCCAAAAUCUGUUCGCCUAAUUUCACUCCCAGAUGAAAGAGAUCUCAGGAGAGAGUAUGAAUUAUGUGGUGAGAGCCAAGGGACCCUUCGCUAUUUCUAGGUGACUGAUGAUUCCAUUUUCACCAAUUUCUAUUUGUUCAGCAUGUGCGUUAUGAAGGAUUAUGAGAAAGGAGAAUGGUGUUGUGAGUUUAAAGUGAGGCGUAGCGAUCUUCAUUGUAACAAUCUGGAAUUGAGUAAUCGGCUGUUUCGGUGCAGAAGGUUUCGUCCUUUAUCGUUUCAUCCGUUGAAUCCAAAUGUUGUGUAUUUGCAAUGCAUGAAGCCUGAGCGUAUUGUCUCGUAUAAUAUUCCGAACAGAAGGCUGGAUGUUGUGUCUAGUCCAAUUGACUUUGGUCAAUUCAUUGACUCCUCUUCUGUGAUUCGGUUAGUGUUACCAAGAUGGCCGGUGAUUGUUCCAACUGCCACUGUUAAAAGCAAAAUAAAGAGGGUAAAUUGAAGAAAAUAGCAAUGUCUUUUACUAUUUUUACCAAUAUAGGCAAUGUAUUUCAUAAUUUCAUCAUGCUUACAUUUUUGACAAAAAGUGUCUACCAAAUUUAAGUGCCUUGUUUGGACAUUGAGGACUAUAUAUGAUCGGUCAUUACAUUUUUUUUUUUAAAUUGAUGUACCUAUAAUACCCUUUUGUUGGUCGUGUUAAAGUUCAUUAUUGUAA